CGAAAAAAACAAAGCGCGGCCGCGGAAGAGUAAGAAAGAGGAUGAUGCUAUCGUCGUCGGUGAUGAUACGGCGGUUCUUCUGCUUCAGCGCCGCAUCUUCUUCUUAUUCUACUACUACUUGUGCAGUGAAGUCCAUUUCCAAGAAGAACCGAGUUGUGUUCUUAGGUUCCCCUCAGGUAUCUAUACCAGUUCUCGAUGCUUUAUUCGAUGCAUCAGCCGUCCCUGACUCCUCAUUUGAGGUUACAGCAAUUGUCACUCAGCCUCCUUCUGGAAGAGAUAGAGGAAGGAAAAUUAUGCCUUCACCAGUUGCACAGCAUGCUCUUGAACGAGGCUUUGCAUCUGAUUUGAUUUUCACGCCUGUGAAAGCUGGUGAGGAACCCUUUCUUUCAAACCUUAAAUCUUUGGAGCCUGAACUUUGUGUCACUGCUGCUUACGGGAACAUUUUGCCAACAAAGUUUCUAAACAUUCCAUCAAAGGGAACUGUCAAUGUACACCCAAGUUUGCUGCCUUUAUACCGUGGUGCUGCCCCUGUUCAAAGAGCACUGCAGGAUGGUGUGAAGGAAACAGGGGUAUCAUUAGCAUAUACUGUCCGCCAACUUGAUGCUGGACCAGUUAUUGCCUGUGAAAAAGUGGAAAUUGAUGAUAAAAUAAAGGCUCCAGAAUUACUUGAGCUGCUCUUUGCUCUAGGGUCCAAACUUCUAAUCCAAGAGCUUCCCUCAAUUUUUGAUGGGUCAGCUAGGGUAAAAGCACAUGCCCAAGAUGACUCUAUGGCUACCCUGGCUCCAAAGAUAAGUCCUGACGAGUCAUGGCUAUCCUUUGAUGAAGAAGCAAUAGUCCUUCACAACAAGGUUCGAGCGUUUGCAGGGUGGCCCGGAACUCGAGCCAGACUUGCGGUCAUUGAUUCGAAAAGUAAUCAGAAUAGCAUUGUAGAACUGAAAAUCAUCACCACGAGGGUUUACAACAGCAGAAUAGCUCAGGAUGGUGAAGCCGAUGACCUGUUCUUCAGUAAAGGAUCACUGAUAGUUCCAUGUGGUGGGGGCACAGCACUUGAAGUACUGGAAGUUCAGCUCCCAGGCAAAAAAGCGGUAAAUGCAACUGCAUUUUGGAAUGGUUUGCGAGGCCAAAGACUUAAGAAGGUCCAAUUACAGAGCAGCUCAUGCACAUAAUAAAGAUGCACAGUUGGUUAAAAACACAUUAAAGCAACUGGAACAUGCAAAUUGAAAGCUUGCAAAGGAAAUUAUGCUGAUUUGUUUUGACCACAAAACAAGUUUUGGGAAGUUUUGGACGUGGGAACGUUUUCAAAACAAGGAAGCAGAACCGUUAAGAGUUUUUGUGCAUCAUAAUUUAUUGAUAUUGUCUGUCUGUUUUAUUAUUUUAUCUUAUGUUGUCUAAGAAUGCACCGAAAUGAUGAGUAUAUGCGCAAAUGGGGGCAUAAAGUCCAACCAAAAAA